GCCCGGACCAACCAAGCUCAAGAUCAAGACAACAACAAAGCCCUGAGUGGUGGCAUUCCUGUCUUAUUUCUCAUAUUUUCAUCCUCGUGGCGGUUCAAUCUUAACUGCAACAAUGGAGAACGUACCUAAAGACCUGAGGAACCUGCGGGCCUGUCUGGUGUGCUCUCUGAUUAAGACAGUGGAGAUGUUUGAGACAGACGGAUGUGACAACUGCGACGAGUUUCUCAGAAUGAAGGGAAAUCGAGAUAACGUAUUUGACUGUACCUCCUCUAACUUCGAUGGGUUUAUCGCCCUCAUGAGCCCCAAAGACAGCUGGGUGGCUCGCUGGCAACGCAUCAACAAGUGCGUGCAAGGCAUAUAUGCGAUUAGUAUAACGGGUCGGCUGCCACACAAUGUCGUAAGGGAGAUGAAGACAAGAGGAUUCCGUUACAGGACCCGUGACAUGACGAAGCUGUAGAGAGAGAGAGAGAGAGAGAGAGAGAGAGAGAGAGAGAGAGAGAGAGAGAGAUGUAAUGUUUGUGUGUUUGUGUGUUCUUGGCCAAAUAAAUAGUGGUUUUAAAUAUC